AUGUGUGACAAACGUCGCGGCACCCUAUUUUCUUUUGGAAUUGUUAAAAAAGUUAAAGGUAGGCAAAUUAUUCAGUUUACCUGUAAAUAUAAAUUUGUAAGGAAGUCGUUUAGAAUAGUUUUCAUUUUCAAUACUCAUGAUUUAUAUUUUAACAAAUAUGUUUUCAAUAUUUGUGCUGGUGUUUUUGAGUUACUUUUGGCUUUUACACAGUUUAUUCUGUGUUCUUUUUUUACGAAAUAAAUAAAUUGAUACUUUUAUGUGUUCUAUCGUUGCUUGCAACUAAGGAUGAACGGUCGCAGAUAAAACAUUGUCUUUUCUUAUGACAAAGUUCAAUGUUUUACCGAGAAACUGCAAUGUUUGUGAUGAUCAUUUGAUGGUUUCAAUUCGCUCAGCUAAUCAGCUUGGAGUUGGUUGAACGUGAUUGUCUGAUCUGAUUAAAACCUGUCAAGUGCUCUUGACAAACUUUGAAGAUUCUCACACGAAUGUGCAAUGUUUUUAUGAGCGACCGUUUAUCCUUAGUUGCAAGCGACAGCACUGCUUAUUUGCGCUUCGCUAUUUUGGUUUCAUAGAAACUCUUUUAAGUUUUAAAAUUGUCUUAUACUGUACUGUCUUAGUAACUUACACUUAAAAUAACUAUUCACCAGCAAACAAAACCUCAGAACCAGAGGAAAAUGUAACUCAAGACGAAACUGAAGAACAGUUACCAAAUGCUAUUUCCCAGUCGUUAUCUUCCCAGAUUCCUCUUCAGAAAGAACCUCAUGUUAUCCACGCUAAUCCAGCUGUGCAACCGGUGAAAACCAUUAAGUCAAACCCAGUUCCAAAGGACAGAGUGAAGUCGCUCCUAAAUUCGUCAUUUCGUAGUAAGGAAAGUUUGCAUAGCUUCUACUGCUGUGCAGACAAAAACUGCACAAACAUAAGUAAAGAAGAAACUGUGCAAAUCAAAGCCAAGGACAAGUUUCAACAUGCCUGGAUUUUCGACGGAAAACUUACCUACUGUGAUAAGACUGGUUAUCAUUGGCUUGUUUAUGAGGAAGGGAAAGGAAUGUUUUGCAUUUUAUGUAGAAAGCAUGACACCGCGAACCCUCAGAAUAAGACCAAAAAGUUCAACAUGGAUGCCUCGGUAAGAUACAAGCGUAAAACAGUUGAGGAACAUGCUCGUUCUGCACAGCAUAUGGCAUCAAUUGAGACUGAACUUCUUAGUAGAGUUUCAACUUUCCAGAAGGAAAUCAACCGGAGAGAACAAGUCAGAGAAGAUGUCUAUUAUAACGCCUUCCUUUCUUUGUAUUGGACUGCAAAACAAGAGCUUCCCAAGUUUACACGUCUUCUUCAACUUCUGGAAAAACUUAAUCUCCCAGAUAUCGAAUUAUUUCAACAUCGAUCGGCAGGCUCGGUACGUGAAAUGUUUCUUCUUCUUGGACAAACAAUUAAAGAGAAAAUCCUAGAACGGGUAACACAAGCAAACUGCUUUAGUAUGCUUUGUGAUGAAGUUUCGGACGUGUCCAACAAAGAGCAGCUAGUAAGUUUCGUUCAAUUUGUAGACCGUGAUUCUGGCAAGGCAGAGAUUGACUUUUUAGCAGUGGACGAUGUGUUGGAAGACUUCAAUUCUGCCAAUGCGGAAGGAAUUCAAAGCAUGAUAAAGAAGCAAAUGAGCAAUUCGAAGCUGGAUGUUCACAGCCUGUCGGGGCUUGCAACAGAUGGCGCUAGUGUCAUGACAGGGAAGAGAAAUGGCGUUGCUGCUCUCCUACGUAGAGAGUCCAAAUUGCUUCUUAAUGUGCAUUGUAUAUGUCACCGUCUUGCUCUUGCAUGUGGAGAUGCAAAUGACCAUGUUCAGUACAUCCAAACAGUGGAAAAAAUUUUGUGCAGCUUUGGUCGUUUUUCAAGAACUCAGCCAGGAAAUAUAUUAUUGAGGCAAAGUCAAUAUCAGUAUCUAAUGCAGGGAAGAAAGUUAUAGCUAAAAAGUUCAAGAAGGCUUGCAGAACACGAUGGCUCUCCACAGAAAGAGCGAUCAACGGAGUAUUCCAGGACUUUGUUCCUCUCACUCAAACCUUGAGAGCGUACAAAGAAGAGAAUGAUUGUACUGCGAUUGGACUACUGAAAGCAGUGGCAAACAUCAAGUUUCUUUCCACUGUGUAUCUUCUCCAUGAAGUUCUUCCUGCUCUUCCUCAGAGAGGAAAUAUCUCCUUCUCAGCUAUCCAUCCUGCAGUUUUAUACACAACUGACCAACUCGUUGAAAUUGCUGCCAAACAAACGCCCUUGGAAAGUCUAAAAAAAGACCUCGAGGACGAUGGUAGGCUUGCCAGCACAGAGUCACUACAUCCAGCGAGGACUAUCUGCGAAACCUAACGACGAAGUAUGUUGACUCGUUGACAGAAAAUAUCGAGAAUCGAUUCUCGGAGAGUCUUCCCAUAUUGACCACUUUCGAGAUAUUUGAUCCAAUGGGCGUUCCUGCCAGAUCCGACGAAGCUUUCAAAGAGUAUGGCAUUCCUCAAAUCAAGAUCUUGGCAGAUCAUUUUUAUCAGGAGAAAAAGAAAAAGAAGGAAUUGACAGAAGAAUUAGAGUGUGAAUGGAAAAAAUUUAAGUACAACUUACUGAAGCUAAAAGAUCAAGUUCCCCGGCAUAUUCUUGAUCCCCCCAAAACAAGAAUUUAACCGCCCAGACUCCGACAGAAUGGGCACUUCAACACAUGUCAUCCUCACGAUCAACGUACCAGCACUUCAUGCCCCUCCUUUUCUACAUCGCUGAAGUUUGUUUGUCCCUUCCUGUGUCGAAUGCGUGGCCAGAAAGAGGUGCUUCCACCCUCAAACAGUUGAAGACUUGUUUAAGAAACAGCCUCAAGAAUGAUAUGCUCGAUUCACUUAUGCACGUAGCCAUCAAUGGACCAGAUAUCAGUAGUGGUGACUGUGGGUCUUUGAUUCAAGAUGUAGUAAAGAAGUGGUACGUUAGGAAGCGAAAGAAACUUGCCAAAGGGAAGCCAAUGGAAAAAUCCCACAUCUGAUUCAGAGAGUCCUUCUGUUACACAAGCGGACAUACAGCAAAGCCAAACUCUAGAUAAUGAUUCAACGGACGAGUAUGAAAUGUUUAAUGAGGAAGGCGAUCAUCAUCAAGCAAUCGAGGCCAUUAUCACAGAGUUAAACCUGACCACAGACUGUGACUUAGAUUCUGACGGGCUUCAGGAUACAGAUUCGGAUUCAGAAAGUGAUUAUUAAGAUCGUCGCCUUUCAGUCUUGAAAUCAAAAGAUUCCGAGGUGGUACCCAAUCACCAUGAGAUUACUAUUCUUAUAGUAACUUGCAAUUCAGUUGAACACACUCCUGAUUGACCAAUAACAAAAAGCAUUUUUAUUCAUUUAUAUAAAUUUACAUUGUAUUUAUUAUUGAUGUAAAUUUUUGAAACUGUUGACUUAAUAUUAAUUAUACAAAUCAAUACAUAUUAAUAGAAGAGAGAGGCAGAGAGUACAUUAAAUAUUCUAUUUCUUUGAGUUCUAAUUAACUUGCUAUCCGAUUGCAGUUUGAAAUUUAUAGCUUAAGUUAACUGGGACGACUUGUACACUCCUCGAAAUCACCCCUCCCGACCCUCCCCAUUUCCUUCCUUGACAACCACCCAUUUUUCAAAACAGCCGCCUACUUUUUCGACACAGCCGCCUAAUCAAAAUAAUUCUGAAAGCCCUGAUCACUUGUGGGAUCUUUACAGAUUUGAAAAGAGCACAAAAAGUUAUUUAACAAGUUCUUCAACCUUUUUUGAUUUAGUUCAAUAGUUUCUGAGAUAUAGGCCCCCAAACAUGGCAAUUUUGACAUUUUUUGAAAAAAAUCCGUCCUACUAAAUUUUGCUUGGGGGCCUGGGACUUGGGAACGCGAGCGUAAACAAACACUAUAGAUUACAUUACAAUUUGCUGCUAUAACUUACUAAAAUGAUAAUUUUUGCAAGAAAAGUCGGUUUAUUUAGCUCAAAAUCAUCUUCCAGUACUGACAAGAGUUCAUAUACGAUUGCACUAAAUAUAAAAUUGUGGUGAAACACACAAAACGACUUCAAAAUCAAAUUUGAAAAUGAGCCUUCCUAAAUGUCGUCAAGCAUUGCCGAGCAUGAAAGAGUUGGCAUACACCUCGGCAUACACUGAAGAAUAUGUUUUGAAAGCUAGAAGAAUAUAACAGGGAUGUAAAGAAAUUAUUUAUAGAUAGAACCAGCAUAAUCGUGUUAGUUCCCGGUACACGGCGGUCGGUUGCUAAGGAAUUUUCUCCCGGACGGCUCGCGCAGCAGGUAACUAGUGCUCAGUCUAUUAGACACAAUAUUUUCGCGCGGUUGAAAUGCUUGACUUUAUAUACGAAUUUCUUAAUGUUUUUGCAGCGUUUCAUUCAUAAUCUUUGCAUAGAAGAACAGAUAUAUCCCCUCUCGAUAAUAUUUUAAAAUAGCGGAUCACAUUACAUUCACAGAAAAUGCGAAAUAACCUUUUUAGCAGACCCUACUUUGAUCAUGUUUGUUCGAUUUACAGCGGAAUGCAGUUGACAAAUUCUUACUCUUAGGGGUCCCCUGAGUAAGACAUUUGUCUGAUACAUAUUUCCAGUUUUAACUCCCCCCUGUAUUUUCUGCCAUCUUGAAGCAAUACAACAAGAAAGGCGAAAUUUGUGGUUAAAUAAUAUAAAUUGGUGUAAAUUUCACAGUUAAACUGAAUUUCAGAACAAAUUUUAAAACAAGAAAUGUAAUUCGUUGGUUAAGUGAAGCAGAUCGAUGGCUAGUACCUCACAGGGAAGGUAAGAAAGUGGGCUGUAAACCGCUUAUAUUUCAUGUCUUAAUGGCUUCGUUGUUUACGCCAUUGUGUUUGCUCGACCCCUGCUGUUCUUUCAAAUUUAGUUCGAUACAAUUGUGCUAUAAAAGCAAACGAUGCAGCAAGAAUAAUCGCCACAUUGGAAAAUGUGAUAGCAAGAGAGUACAUCGCGAGUUUUGGCAGAAGUCAGUCGUAUAUCAGAUCAAAAGUCAACAACACAAGUUGGCAAGAGACCUCGAUAAUGCCGAGACAAAGAAGGCGGAAAUUCAACUCGCUGAACAACGGCUUGAAGAAAAACAAUCUGAAGUUGAAAGUGUUGUGGAAAUUGCAGAAGAAAAGCUAGAAUCUGCUAGUAAGUAUCUCCUAGUUGUUUUCCUGACCUUACCUGAAUCGAAAUUUUAGAGUUUAGCUGAUUUCUGUCAUAUUGUAUUUGGCAGACAACUUUAUAGCACACAGAAUCACAGAUAGAUUGAUCAACUUUAUUUACGCACACUAAUCUCAUUCAACAUUAUGCUGAUUUCCAUGAGAGCACAGACUAGCACAGGCUGUCCAUGUGAUCUCAUCAUUCUGGCUAGAAUGCAAUCGUAGGCUUAAGGUUGGUUUGCAAACCAACCUCAAGUAGAAAUUGAACACUAUCCUAUUUGUGUGUGCUUAUUAAAAAUGCUGAUUUCCAUGAGAGCACAGACUAGCACAGGCUGUCCAUGUGAUCUCAUCAUUCUGGCUAGAAUGCAAUCGUAGGCAUAAGGUUGGUUUGCAAACCAACCUCAAGUAAAAAUUGAACACUAUCCUAUUUGUGCGUGGUUAUUAAAAACAGUCGAUAACUAGAGCCGUGUUUAGUACUGUUUACACCACGACCCUAUGCCUGGCCUCAGCCUACUGUACAUUUAGACUAGAUUUUUAUAGUGUAAACACACGUCAGCCUGGCCUAGACGAGGAAAUCUGGAAUAGCAGUUCUGAUGGGCCCAUAUUUCCUGGUCUAGGCCAAAGUGCAUUUACACUACAAAAAUCUAGUCCAAAGCUGACCCUAGGCCAGGGUUAGGCUUGCAGUGUAAACACGGCUUAAGGGCUAGCUAAUAUUCUGUUGUGAUUUGUUUUAGCAUUGUUGUAUAUUUGAGUUGGUAUAAAUCCUCUAGGCCUGUUUAUAUAGAGAAUAAUACAUGGGUGCGCGGAAAUACCAGAUUUAUUUCAAGUGUUGAACAUGAUAUCUCACGAGUGAGCGCAGCGAACGAGUGAAAUAUCUUGUUGAACACGAGAAAUAAAUCUGGUAUUUCCAAGCACCCAUGUAUUUUUCUGUAUAUUAUAUAAACAAUAAUAGAAUUAUAGAACCAUACUGGUAUUGUUCGAUGCCGAAUUAAUAUAAACGAGUAUGUUUAUGACAUUCGGUAUAUAUUUCAUAAUUUCCAGUCUUAAAUCCCUCUGACCGUGUAGCUCAGUUGGUAGAGCGUCGAUCUAGUAAUUCGAAUGUCGUGGGUUCAAAACCCAGCCGCGGCAGACAACAUCUUUCUGCUUGCGCUGGGUAUGGAAUAUAUAAUACCCACUCUAGAAUAUUUUCAUGACUAGUUACCUGGCUAGGCGAGAUACUCAGCACAAUCUAGUUCUCAGGUAUUCAAUAUACCUGGUAUAAAUAGUUUACCUGGUGGACUGUGUACAUUGUACAUUGUACAACUGAAUAACUCGCGUUGCCAAGAACUCUACACAAAGUAGCCUAGAUCCCGGCAUCACUAGUUACAUGAAAACAUGACUGCCAUGUAACUCAGCAAGGCGAUUAAAAUUUUUUGUCAACAGCAUAUAUGUGCAUUUUACUUUCCUAGAGUGUUAAACUAAGCCAUGCAAAUGUUGCUUUUGUCCCAUCUAGCUAAGUAACUUGCUUAGCAGGUUAGUUCGGCUCCAUAGAACUACAUGUAAGCCCUAUAUUAAUUAGUCUUAUUAUGUACAGAGUCUGAUUUGGAUAAGUCCAUGGAGGAAAGAGAAAAAGCAACCCAACAGCUGACUAAAGAGAAGCAAAAGUUGAACGUAGUCACAAAGGAGUAUGAAAAGCUUAAAACCUUCCUUCUCCCAACACAACAAUCUCGGACACGAAGGGAAAACACAAGUACCACUCUGGAUAUGAUUACUAAUGGUAACUCUUCUACUCGAUUUCGGAGACGAGAAGAAACAAAGAGUGUCCUUCGAUAUAUUCAUGGUGGAGAAGAUGGAGCCACAUUUGGUGCCUGGGACUUUGUGUCUGCAAAUGCCACAAAAGCCACAAUGGAAGACCUAAUUGGUAAAUAUAGGCGAGGAAGGUAUAUUGAAGGUAUUAUUAAACAAACUGUACAGGAAUUUACACAAUCAAAUAACUCUCUAUCAGAAGCUAUAAGUUUAAAGUAUAAAAACUUUUUAUCACGUAGAAAAUUUAAUAUAAUUUGUAAAACUCAGUCUUCUGUGUUUGACACUGACAAAGAUGCAUGGGUGCCAAGAAAUGUCAAGUGUUUGGGUGUUGACGUUCAACUCUCACUUUCUCGUGUAUCUAAUGAAAGUAUUGAUAAAUUUGUCAAAACCCUAGAUAUCGGUUGUGUUUGUCAGAUUCCUGAUGUACCAGGUGUCACUAGAACAAUUACUGGUCUUGUACUGAUGGUGAUAGAUCUCCACUUGAGACUUCCAUACCUUUGUCGACAGCUUGUCUGGUUCAAUGGAAACACUAACCAUUUUCUGUUUCAAUUCUCGGAUGAUGGGGCUCCUGAAACUAGUCAGCUUUCUAUGUCCAUUGGUAGCUUGACAUUUUGGAACUUAGGUGAAAGAGUUAGAAGUAGAGAGUACCAGUAUCUUUUGCAUUGUGUGAGCUUAGGCGAAAAACAUGAAGUCCUUGAGUCUCUUUGGCAACAGCAUACUGACGAGAUGGUGUUGUUAGAAUCAAGUGUGUUCACUGUGUGUGGUAGAGAGUACACGGUUGAGUUUCAGCCUAGUGCCGAUAUGAGUUGGCAGAAUUGGGCCUGCAAUGAGGUGAAUAAUGCAGCAACAUAUCCUUCUCCCUAUGCUAACGUUCACAAGGGUGACAUGUGCAAAAUGGGUGGAAGCAUUGGCCAUGGCAGUGCUGAUCUGUGGAAACCUUAUACUUCUACAGAUCGUGAAAAGCACUUAGAAAUGGUAGAAUCUUACCUUUCAACCCUGCCAAAAAAAUUAAGUUAUCCAGUCGUUCAUAGUAAGAAACUUGCAUUUAUGGCUGAGAAUGGCAUACGUCAGUUGGGAAAACCGAGAAUCGGGAUGUUUGCUGAUCGGGUAAAACCUGAUCCACUGCACUGUGAAAUAAAUGCUUGGCAGCAUAUCUUAGAUUUGCUUUAUAGUGAGUCGGUUCGUAGGCAUGCUUUUGAAAAAUUUAUUGCAAUACUCUCUGCUCCCAUUGGCAUAAGCACAGCAAAUUCCCCCGAUGGCAAAUCUUCAUCUGCAAGCCAUUCUUCUGAUAAUUCUGGCGUAGAAGCUGUAAAUGAGGACGAAAUUGUAUCUAUUGAAAAAACUGGUAUUAUGGGUGCAAGUUGUGAGGGAGGGAGAAGGUGAAAGCAAAAAGUCAAGCCUUUCACCAGGUAUGAUAAGGCAAUUUUCUCUCUUGGAAAUGAAUAAAGAAGUUGCAGCAGAAAAUAUGACAUCUACCGGGUGGCCCAAAAAAAAGUACUCCUGUUUGAUUCGUAAUAACUUCUAAACAAGUAAAGUUUUUAAAGAGAAAUAACUUGCAUUAAAUAGAGGAAGGACUAACUUAGAUUUUGAUAUAUUACAGUUGUAUUUAACUUAAAAAUUCACGGAGAUAUUAAUGUUAAAAAUGGGGAGCAUAUUUUGGAAUGUGUCUAAAAUUAGCGAAAAUAGGCAUAUCAAAUAUUAACUCCAGCGUUUGUUUGCUUAAUGACAUAUUAGGCUAACUUGUAUUUCAGCGAAUUAUCGUUAAGGUUUGUAAGGGAUAUGGCGUAGAUUUAGACAUCUUACAUGUAAGUCUUAGCUCAUUGUUUCCUGAAAUAUGAACGUUCAAAAUUAUGCAAGUAUUUAAUAUUAGGUCUUUGCAAACUUAAAUGUACAUGAAAGACUGACCAUGGAAGGCAGGCGCUUAAAUUUUUCGUAUUCUUAAAUAGCCUAUUUUUUUUAUGUUUUUAAUGGGUUCAAACACACUGAGUAGAUUAUUUCUCGGUUAGAGCAGGAUGAAUAUUCUUUAUUGAAGGAAAUAAUAUUGCUUUUUGCAAAUACACAUCACCGUAUCAACGCUACUAUUUUGUUACGUUUUGUUCCAAAAAUGUUGCAUGUCUCUGGGGAGUUGCUUAAUUGUUAUGUCUUAUGGAGUUGUAUGGUUUGAUUGUGUUUCAUAUAAUUCUCAGUUUACUCCAUGAACUUGCCAAGAUUUAGAAACGGCAAAAGAGUUUGGGUGUUCUUAACAAGAUUUCAGAACGUUGCAGAAGUUAGAAGAGCUUCACAAUUCCGUUGUGACAGCAUGCCCUAAUUCAGAACUACGAACGAUCCAAUGACGAUCCUUAGCGAUGCAGUGGUCUCAUGAAAUAAGGAAACGUAUUCGUGCUAGGAACACACGCGAAUUUCGGACGAAUGAAUCUUGCUUGUAUUUUGUAGAUAUAAUAAUACUUUGUUUCAUAAUAAACAAUUUGUCAAGUGUCAUUUAUUUACUGGUAAUAGUGCAUGUUUCAGUCGGGCAACACAUCCAGAAAUAUCCUCCCGAAUUUAAAGAUUAAUAUCUCCGUGAAUUUUUAAGUGAAAUACAACUGUAAUAUAUCAAAGUCUAAGUUAGUCCUUCCUCUAUUUGAUGCAAGUUAUUUCUCUUUAAAAGCUAUACUUGUUUAGAUGUUAUUACGAAUCAAACAGGAGUACUUUUUUUUGGGCCACCCGGUAUGUUAGAAAAUUCACAAUUUACCCUUUCUAGUACAAAUUCUGGUGUGCAUGGAUGUGGUCUUUCAUAUCUGUCAACUAAAGUGAAAGAGCACUAUGAUGAUGAGGCUAAACGUUUUAAUAAGCUUAGUGUUAGGCUUAUUGGGGCACAAGCCAUUGCUCUUGCAAGACAUUGCUACAGGCUUGUGGAUGCUCUGCAAACACCAAGUGAAAGUCAGGGUGAGAAAUUAAGAAGGCUAGCACUUGGAAAAAUAGUAGAGUAUUUACGAAAUGCUGGAGGGUUGUACAAUAAGAUUUUUGUGAGCAAUCCUGGGGAGAUCUCUCAAUUGGAGGAAUUCUGCCAACUCUAUUUUAGUCUGCUUGCAUUAUUCUUUCCAAAUAGUGUAAAUGUCACUGUUUGGACAAUAGCCUAUGCUUUGCCUUAUCAUGCAAAGCAGUUAUAUGAAAAUUAUGGAAUUGGGUUUGGAAUACUCUCCUUACAAGCAAAAGAGUCCAAACAUGCUGGUCUUAAAGCUGAACUUUUGAUGACAAAUCGGUCACGAAAUAGCGCUAGCGACGGCAAAGGAAAGUGGUGGCAAUUAAUGCGGGCUAAUUACAUCAGGUCUUUCUAUUUGCCAGAGCAUCAACCUUCGCCUCCCUCUUAUACAUCACAUUUUAAGUCCCGCAAACCUCCUCAUUGCGAAUUUCCAAGGUUUUGUGGUUGUGGGAGGGGAAAAGCUGAUGAGGAGCACACACAAUGUAAGGUGUGUAGUGAGAGUUAUCUUGUUGUAAGCUGUGCACAACAACAAAAGCUUUGGCCUGAAGUUGUUGCUAUAUUCAAACCAUGUGUUUGUAUUUCAUGUGAUGAGCGGUUUGCCGACAAAGCAGGGUUGAAAGUUCAUCAAGAAUCUUUCCAUCGCACUACAUCAGCCACUGCAGUAAAUCCAAAGCAGUCUUUGAGAUCUUUGUCUGUUGACAAUCUUAAAAGGCUUUUAAGGGAAAAAGUUCUUUCUACCUCUGGCAAGAAGGAAAUUUUGUUGAGACGCUUGGAAGGUGCAACCUCAGGGGAAUCAUGA